AUGGAUGACUACGACCUGCAGAACAUGUCGGGCCUGCUCGCCUUCCUGCGCGAUGCCAACGUCCGCCUGGUGCGUCCUCAAUUCCUUCGGGAGUUGCACCAGGCCGGGCGCGCCUGGCCCCGGCGCCAAGAGGCGGAGACGGCGCGGACGGCCAGCGGAGAGACAGCGCUGCUGAGCCACGAUGAGUUGGAGCAGAAGGCCAAGCAAGGCUGUCAGGCCUUCAGCAUCCUGUCCUUUUCCCACUGCUGGGAGGCCAAGGAGCACCCGGACCCGCUGGGCUAUCAGCUCGCGAUGCUGGUGGAGGCGCUGCAGGCCUUUCCCGCCGAGGUCACCCGCCGGCUGAAUUCUCAGACCGGCCCCAAGCUGAGCCUCAACUGGGACGCCGCGGUGUUCAUCGAUUAUAUGUCUCUGUACCAGUUCCAGAGGAGUGAGGCGGAGGAGCCGUACUUCCAGGCGGCCAUGCGGGGGAUGCACACGCUGUACUGCCAUGAUUCAACGUACACCCUCCGCCUGGAGGAUCUGACGCCCACGGAGUGGGCGCCGCCAAGAGAGGCGGUCAGUCUGUACAGCGCCAAGGACCGCGGCGUGUGCAGCGUCCCCCUGGCCAAGCUCCAUGCUCCGCCCGCCCACCAACGUGGACAGUGCCCUGCCACCUGCAGUGACUGGCCACUUCACGCCAACAACACCCCGUACAACGAGCGGGGGUGGUGCGCUGCCGAACAGCAGUGGUCCCUUUCCAGGGCCAAUCCCUGGCGCAGCAUGCGCCUCCCCCUGGGCACGCCGGAGAUCUGCGAGGCCCCGCUGACCCCGGAGGCCUUCGCUGACGCCGUGCAGGCGGGGGGCCUGAAGUUCACCCACCGCGGUGACGCGGAGCCGGUGCUGCGGCUGCAGCGCCACGUCUUCGAGACGAAAACCGCGGUGACCACAAGCCUGAACUUCAGCCACCUGGGUCCGGACGGGGUGCGGGCGGCCGCAGACUGCCUGCCCCGCUGCAGGCGGCUGACGGUGCUGAAGCUCAUCAAGAGCAGCGUGGGGGAUGAGGGAGCCCAGGUCUUGGCCCGUGGCCUGGAGACUUGCAGUCCCCUGGAGCUGCUGUGGCUCUUCGAGAACAGCAUCGGCGACACUGGCUGCAAGGCUGGCAGGGCAUCGCUCCCUGCGGGGAAUUUGGGCGGAGUGCGCCGCCCGUCCGAAGUCCGUGGCACCGCCGCCCGGGUCGCUGGGCAGGCGCUGGCCGCCGCCCUCGCCGGGCACCGCGGGCUCCGGGACCUGAGCCUCGAAGCCAACGGCUUCGGGGACGCCGGGGCCGAGGUGGCAGCGUGGCUUGACGGUAAUGAAUAG